AUGGACAUUCAUCGGUGCCGAUUUGUACCAUAUCCCUCUCAAGCAAUCAAUGCGCUCGCCUUUUCCCAACCCUCAGAUACACAGAGACGAUGCCCACCGGACCAGAGACUGGCAAUUGGUCGAGCUAAUGGAGACAUUGAGAUCUGGAAUCCUGCGCAAGGACUAUGGUCACAAGAAACAAUAUUUCGUGGCGGCAAGGAUAGAAGUAUUGAGGGUCUAGCAUGGACACAAGACUUGCAGGACACAGCCACCGAAGAUGACGAAGUUAAAGAAGCUGGGAGAUUGAGACUGUUUAGCAUUGGAUUGUCUUCGGCUGUGACGGAGUGGGAUAUGGCCCGUGGGAUCCCCCUUCGACAUGCAAAUGGCAAUUUUGGUGCUAUCUGGUGCCUUGCUGCUCAACCACGAUGGACAUCAACCGGCGGCGAUGGUGAACAGCAUGAUCCAAAUCGUAUAAGCCGACACGAUCAAUACCUUGCUGCAGGUUGCGAAGAUGGUACAAUUGUCCUUUUCUCUACUGAAGACGGAGAUUUACACUAUCUGAGAACGAUUGCCAAACCUCCGACCAAGAAACCGAGGAUAUUAAGUGUUACCUGGAAGGACCGAAACACCAUCAUAGCUGGCUGUUCCGACAGUAACAUCCGUGUUUAUGACAUUCGCACCCGGCAGACUCUCAGGACUAUGACCCUGGGCAAGUCCGCGAUAGGUGGAAAUGAGACUCUUGUUUGGGCAGUCAAGUGUCUUCCGAACGGCACCAUAUUAUCUGGCGAUUCUGCUGGAGAUCUCAAGAUCUGGGAUAGCAAUAACUAUUCCCUUGUACAGAGGCUCCACUGUCAUGAAGCGGAUAUUUUAGAUAUCACCGCCAAUGCCAACGGCAGUACAAUCAUAACUGGUGGAGCUGAUCGUCGAACAGUUGCAUACAAGAGCAUGCCUGGGGACAAGGGCGAUACGACUCGUCGAUGGACACAGGUAAUGCAUCGAAGAUUCCACAAACAUGAUGUCAAAGCUCUCGCGUCCUUCGAAAGUCAGGAUCUGAGUAUAGUCGUUUCAGGUGGGCUUGACACCGCGCCGAUAGUAAUGCCACUUCGUGGAUGGCAGAAAGAAUACCAUCGAACGCUAUCACAUCUACCCCAGUCCCCUCAACUUUCGUCUGCGCCCCAAGCGCGACUAUUUAUCGGGUGGUGGGAACGUCAAAUCAGUAUCUGGCACCUAUGGCGGCAUGCUGAACCAUCCGAGGCACCAGAAUCGCUCAGUAGCUCUCAUACAAGUCACAAGCUUCUGAGCCAGCUAUUUCUGAAGGGGGAGGAGAACAUCACCUCGGCUCAAAUAUCCAACGAUGGCAGAUACAUUGCUGUGGCCACCGUUUCAAACGUCAAAAUAUUCCGAUUGCGGUCGCAAAGAAGCUCAUCAGACGGGCGAGUCAACAUCCGUACCAAGAAAAUAGAGACUCUUCCUUCUAUUGGACGAUUUGGUGCACGACUGCUUGCCUUCUCGCCUGAUACUCGCUGGCUUUGCUCAAUUCGUCUGAACAACGAAAUAACCCUAGUGCGGAUUGAGGAUUCCUCAGAUAGCGAAGCACCUCCUCAUUUUAGCAAGCACGCGGCCAAGCUCAACCGAAUUAAAUCGAAGACAUCCAGGGAUACCAAAACCGCUGGUUUGGACGGAUACCUGGACACCAUUACCACCACAUCCUUCUCCGCCGACAGCCGCCUACUUGCGGUCGGAGAUCUAUCAGGACGUAUAGCCACUUGGGUACUGGAGGGCCUAGGAGCAAGCAGCAACGGUUUCGUCAAUGGCAUUCACAACGACCGUGGGUCUGGAUCUCCUCAGUCGGCUAGCUCUCUAUCAUCAGGCGAAAGUUCUUCUGACGAAGAGGAUGAUUCCCAGAGUAUACACGGUCAACGAUGGCGCAAGAAUCCUGCAGGUGCAUAUUUACCGAAUCUGGAUGCAUCAAUUCUCGUCCUCGCCUUUCGCCCCAGCACACAUGAAAACCCAACGAAUACAGGUAGAACUGAGAUCGGGCUACAUCCUACAAGACACACACCACACCCACGUGCACACGACCUACCCACUGGGGAAGACAGGCUCAUAGCCAUGACAGCAGAGCACAAGUUUGUAGAAUAUCGGGUCCUCCAAGGAAUGCUCUCAGAGUGGUCUCGACGGAACCCAGCUUCAUAUCUGCCUCAGCAAUUUAAGCGAAUCAAAGAACGAGCAAUGGGUUGUUUUUGGGAUGCCUCGUCCCUUCACCACCGUUUGUGGCUCUAUGGCUCGACGUGGAUGUUCAUGCUUGACUUGGCACAAGAUCUUCCGUUAGAAGAACCAAGCGGAGCAGUGGGUAUGGACGAUGUUCAACAGCCACAGCAAAGUUCAAAGCAAAACAAGAAAAGAAAACGGGAAGAAUUCGAAGCCGAGAAAUUGCGGCAGCGAGGAAGCGGGGCGGGCGGUAUUGUCCCAUUGUCCGAGUCAUAUGUUGGUGUUAGCAAUUGUUCACGAAGGUUCAAAAGCUUAACGCAGGAGGAUUCUCAAAUGAUACAGCUCGAUGAGACGCGCUCUGCUGCCAGCGAGGAAGACGAAGGGAGUGGGCUGGGAUUAAUGGCCUUGACACAACUUCGAAGGAGAACCGAGCAGCCUUUGGUGAAUGGCCACACGGAACAUCAGGUAAAUGGCGUGCCGAGCCUUUUGCGGGAGACUUCGCACACCAAUGCACCCCAAAGCAAACAUGGCGACAAACCAGCUUCAUUUAUAACACUGAGGUACCGCUCGAUUCUGGGCAUAGUAUCCAUUGGUGGGGCCGGUGACGGAAAUAGACCAAUGGACACCAAGAAUCAUGGUGAUGAAUUAGAUCCAGAAAGCGGCUUCGAAGUCGCUAUCAUCGAACGACCCCUAUGGGACGUAGACCUCCCGCCAAGAUUUGACGGGGAUCAAGACUGGGAAACGUGA